ACUUCCAAUCAGCAUGAAACAAGCCUAGGGUCUUCUUCUUCCUUUCUCUCUCUCUAACCUAAAACCCAUCUUCUUCCUUCUAGCAUUUCUCGCCGUUACAUCCAUUGGCGCCAUCGCCACCAUCAUGCCGCUCUGUCUCCCUCUGUUUCUCAAUCCGAUGUCGCCGCUAUACUUUAUUCUUCCGGUACAACCAUAUUGAGGAUCUACGAAUUCCCCAAAAAUCCUUGUUGAAUACAUGCCUCUCGAAUCAAAUCAGGUAGAGGAGGACCUCGAGGUGAACCUAUUUCGCAUAUUAUAUCCCGUCCCUAUUCGUGUCAAUAAUACCUUCGGUGGUAGUUCUGUUGGUUCUGGCUCCGACGACUUCUAUCAGGUAUCUUUAUUUUCUCCUAUUUCAACGACUGCACAAUGAUGCAAUGCUACAAAGGAACGGAAUUUGGGGAGCUAGAUCCUCAUGUUUUGCAAUUGCAGAUUCUGCUUUAGAGGAUAUGUGAGUUCAUUAGAAGCUGAGAGUUCUAUUGGAGUUGUGCUCGUUCCUAGGCCUUACUUCUGCGUACAGAAAGUAGUUGUGAAAUUGGGUGUACACAACGAUAAAGAAAAACAGAGGGCUAUGAAAGCAACUUCCAGCCUUGCAGGUCUAGAGCCUAGAAGGAUUGCUUUGGUCUCAGUGUUGGAACUUACUGCUGCAGAAAAGGAUGGAUUUUUCUCUGAGAUAAAUAUGGCUAUUGCUGGGAACCAUGGACUAGAAGUGCAGUUCAUUGGACUCAGUUUCCUUGAGUCACUGUCUUUGUUUGGCAGCUUGGACAAACUUGUAGCACCCGAUCAUUCAUGCCACUCUUUGUUACAGGACAUGAGUAAGGGCACAUCUUGGAAAAAUUUAGGGCAGUUGUUGGUCUUCCUCUUGGUAGUCCAUCAAUGA